GUUUUACACCCGUUUCCAUCCUCCACGUCACUUUCCUUUGCCCCCAUUCCCUUCCUUCGCUCCCCUCUCCUUUGUUCAACUACUCGUUCUCAGUCUCUCUCUCGAACAGAAACACAGAAAUUCAACGCUUCUGAAUCAGGCACUGCUUCCGGAUAAGAAACAGAUCACAAGUUUCCUGAGCUAAAACUGGGAUUCCGUUGAUUCUCUUAUCUAUUUGUAUCGGAAGAAGCAGAGGGACUCGAUGAGCUAGGAACUAGUGUUGGGAGAGGCUUCAGAGUAGAUUGCUGCAACAUAUAGUCACCCAACAGGGUUAUUGAAACAAGAAAACAUCCAAGUUGUGAACAUUUUCAAGUCCACCGGCUCUCUCUCUUGCCCUCUUUAAGAUGGAGGGAAAUUCUGGCGGUGGAGGCAGCAGUAUUGGCGGAGGAGGGUUAGCAUCUGCGGCGGCGGCAGCAGCAGCCUCAGGAGCUGCUGCUGGUGUAGGUGGAGGAGGGAAUGAUGUUGAGCUCAUGUGCAAGACUCUUCAAGUUGAACACAAACUGUUUUAUUUUGAUCUAAAGGAGAACCCAAGAGGCCGGUACUUGAAGAUAUCUGAGAAGACAUCGUCCACCAGGUCUACUAUCAUUGUCCCUUCCUCUGGGAUUUCCUGGUUCUUGGACCUCUUCAAUUACUAUGUCAAUUCUGAUGAGCAUGACCUCUUCAGCAAGGAAUUACAGUUGGACACUAAGGUCUCUGAAGCUUCUGUUAGUAGAAACCGCAGUACUAUCAUUGUUCCUGCUGGAACUUCUAGGGAUGAAGGUUGGGCUUCUUUUAGGAACAUCUUGGCAGAUAUUAAUGAAGCUUCAAGGCUUUACAUGCUGCCCAAUCAGCAGCAAAACUCUGAAUCUUCAGAGCGCCUAGUUGGACUUUCUGAUGAUGUAGGCGCUGGCUUUAUAUCCGGGCACAGCAGUCAGCAGGCUGCUCCAACUUCUGAACUAAAUGUAGACCGGGCAGUUGACCUACCAACGCAGGAUGAGAUCGGCAACCUGGGAGUGUCAAAGGUUAUCCGAGCUGAUCAGAAGAGAUUCUUCUUCGAUCUCGGGAGUAAUAACAGAGGCCAUUUCUUGAGGAUCUCUGAGGUUGCUGGUUCUGAUAGGUCCUCUAUAAUUCUUCCACUCUCUGGGCUGAAGCAGUUUCAUGAGAUAGUGGGUCAUUUUGUGGAGAUCACCAAAGAUCGAAUCGAGGGGAUGGGGAGCGCCAAUGUCCGAACUGUAGAUCCACCUCAAAGAUGAAUGUCUUUCAUGUGGUGGUUUUGUUUGUGGAAGGAGAAUAAAUGCUAAAGAUGGCUCCGUUUGGUGGCGAGGGAACAUAUAUAAUCAUUGGGAUUCUUCUGGGAUUGUGGUUUUUUUUUUUUUUGGGGUGUUGCAGGAUGGAUGUAAAUCCAUUGGAUCCUGCUACUGGUUCUUGCUGUCGAGUAGGGUAAAAUCUGGAGAUUUUUUUUACUUGGGUUCUGAGUUUUACUUUGGUCACAACUUGUGAAAACAAUAAAUGGUGAAUUCCAAAUGCAAAUAGCCCUGCACCUUCCUUUUGCAGCUAUCCUUUGCUGUUUCAGACUAUUGAUGCGGCCAC